AUGGCUAUCAGCUUUGUGAAUACCGCGAGCAAGGUACAGGACUUGCUUCAAGAGCUUGUACUUCUCCCUUCUCCCGAUGUGAACUUGUUUCUUGAUGUCGAAGGCACCAAUCUUUGCCGUUUCGGAUCGGUCUCAAUUUUCACCUUGCAUGAACGCCGCUCAGGGAACACCCACCUCGUCGACAUUACUACUUUGGGCAAAGAUGCCUUCACUGUCGCUGCUGGGUAUGAAAAUAGUGCUCAAACUCUGACAUCCAUUCUAGAAAACCCAGACAUUAUCAAGGUCUUCUUUGGUGUGCGAAAUGAUUCCAACGCCCUCUUUCAUCUGUACGGAAGUCGAUUUGCUGGCGUUCACGACCUUCAACUUAUGGAGCUUGCAACACGUGAUUUCAGCAAGAGAGUCCUGUGUGGCCUUGCAAAGUGUGUCGAGUACGAUGCUGGUCUAGGGUACACAAAUCUUUUGACCUGGAAAAGAAUCAAAGCAGCGGGUGUGAAAUUGUUCAACUCAAGCACAGAGGAAUCUCACGCGGUCUUCGACAAACGUUCGUUGCCUGACGCGCUCAAGGCUUAUUGUGCACAGGACGUGACCUAUAUGCUGAUGCUCUACAGGGCGUAUUGCAGCAAGUUGUGCGAUAUUUGGUAG